GCGCUUCCGCCCGGGGCGCGGGGCAGGGCGGAGACAGCGGCCGGCGGGAGGCAGGCGGCGCGGCUAAGAUGGCGGCUCCGCUGGCUGGGCCGGCGGGGGUCGCGCUGCGGGACCUGGCGCUGAGAUCCGCCCGCCUGCGCGGCGGCUUCGCGGCUGUUCAGUUAACCCCUAGACGAUGGCUGAACCUGCAGGAGUACCAAAGUAAAAAACUAAUGGCAGACCAUGGGGUUACAGUUCAGAGAUUCUUUGUGGCUGAUUCUGCAAAUGAUGCCCUCGAGGCUGCUCAGAGACUAAAGGCAAAGGAAAUUGUUCUGAAGGCACAGAUUCUAGCUGGAGGGCGAGGAAAAGGUAUUUUCAAUAGUGGAUUGAAAGGAGGAGUUCAUCUAACUAAAGACCCUAAGAUUGUUGAACAGCUUGCUAAACAGAUGAUUGGGUACAACCUGUCAACAAAGCAAACUCCAAAGGAUGGUGUGACAGUUAAAAAGGUGAUGGUUGCAGAAGCACUGAAUAUUUCAAGGGAAACAUACUUUGCAAUUUUGAUGGACAGAGCCUGCAAUGGACCUGUUAUGGUUGGGAGCCCACAGGGUGGUGUUGACAUAGAAGAAGUUGCAGUUACUAGCCCAGAACUUAUAUUUAAGGAGGAAAUAGAUAUUUUCGAAGGCAUAAAGGAUCAUCAAGCACUGCGCAUGGCAGGAAAUUUGGGUUUCAGAGGACCUUUGCAACAGCAGGCAGCAGAUCAAAUUAAGAAGCUGUAUAAUCUUUUCUUGAAAAUUGAUGCCACUCAGGUUGAAGUGAAUCCCUUUGGUGAAACUCCAGAAGGGCAAGUUGUUUGUUUUGAUGCCAAGAUAAACUUUGAUGACAAUGCAGAAUUUAGGCAAAAAGAAAUAUUUGCCCUGGAUGACAAGUCUGAAAAUGAGCCUAUAGAAAACGAAGCUGCCAAAUAUGACCUGAAAUAUAUAGGACUGGAUGGAAAUAUUGCUUGCUUUGUGAAUGGAGCUGGCCUUGCGAUGGCAACUUGCGAUAUAAUAUCCUUGAACGGUGGAAAGCCAGCCAACUUCCUGGAUCUUGGUGGAGGUGUGAAGGAAGCACAAGUAUACCAAGCGUUCAAGCUGCUGACUGCUGAUCCAAAGGUUGAAGCAAUACUCGUAAACAUUUUUGGUGGGAUUGUGAACUGUGCCAUUAUAGCCAAUGGUAUUACCAAAGCCUGCCGAGAGCUGGAACUGAAGGUGCCUCUGGUGGUCAGACUGGAAGGAACAAAUGUUCAUGAAGCCCAGCGUAUUUUGAAUGAAAGUGGACUUCCUAUCACAUCUGCAAAUGACCUGGAGGAUGCAGCAAAGAAGGCAGUAGCUAGUGUUGCCAAAAAAUAACUCCUUGAGGAUAUCCUCAUGGAAAGUGUAUGUGUUUCACAAGGCAUCAUUCCUGUUGUUAUUUCAAAGAGGAUUAAUGGAGUUUUUCUAAACAGUCGUCAGUGUUAACGGACUUAUUUUGUAACACAUGGUAAACACAGGCCACGGUUUCAGAAAUUUUGCAACUACUGUCUUUAAACUUAGUAUAUCUUCACCUUUUGGUUUUCAUAUUUAAAAUUGCAUUAAGUAAUAUUUCACUUCACAGAGCUCUUUUUCUGCUUUCUUUCUAAAAUUGUCACUGAUAAACUCAUAAUAAGAUACAAUAACAAAUAAUUGACUUCUAUCAACAGGAUUGUUCUUUAAUCAAACACAUGUAGUUCAUGUAUUUUUUAAACAAUACUUUCUUUUUUAUAUUGUAAAGAGCAAACUAAUAAUAGGUUAAUGUAUUUUUUAUGAACUUUUACAGUAAUGUACAAAUUUGUGUGCUUAUAUCUAUUUUUAUUCAAGUGAAUGAUGUUUAUUUUCUUUUUUAGAAAUCACACAUUUUGCCUUAAGAUUUUUUUUUUUUAAGAUGCAAAAGUAUACCUCACAGUAGGAAGAGAGGUUGAAUAGCUGAUGGUGAAAGGACCUUCCCUUCUUAUACUGUACCUAUAAGCAAGUGAAAUGUGAUUCAGUUUAUUUUUUAGUUUUGGAAGUGAAGUACAGUGUUUCUAGGUAUAACACUGUCCUACAGAAAAUGCUAGGAGAAUGUGUCUGCCAGUAAAAAAAAAAAAAAAAAAAAAAAAAAAAAAAGGCUGCUAACUUUUCAAAAUAAACUCUUGCAUAUGUAUGUCUCUGCUGUGAGAAUUCAAAAGAAGAUGAGAACAUGAAGCAGUUUUCUGUCAGUAGCAUAGGCUAUUCUUCAAGGAAUUUAACUUCCAGAAAGGAAUCCUGAUUUUUGGGGAAUAAAAUGCAAAUUAACAUUUCAAUUUUUAAAGUAUUUGACUCUUCAGGCAUCUGUACAAGUAUAUACAUGAAAAAAUUAUGAGUUUCAGUACUUAGGUAUUGACUGAGAUUUAUUUUGAUUAUAUAUUCCUUUGUAACAGUCAAAAUUCAGGCUGUUAGUUAGUUACACAAAUCAUUUAUUCAGGGAACAGAACACAAUACCAAAUGGUUUGUGUAACUAAAGAACUUGAUACAAAUCUCAGGCCAGGAAUUACAUGCUGAAAUUCAUCAAUAAAUUUGAACAGUGAAGAAAUGAGAUAAUAUUAUAAUAUGAAGACUGUAAAUUGGCAGAGGUCUAAUAAAUUCUUAAUUGUGAUUUUUGUGCAGCCCUCAUCAAUACCUUGUCUUACAUAGAAAAAUAUAAAUAAAUUUUUGUUGACAUUUCCAUUAAAACUGUUACAUUCAAAAUAAAUUAUUUGCACUAAUCUCUGCCUCUUCACACAAGUGAUAUAGAUAGGUUACUAUCAUCAGUUAUACUCUAAAGUUUUUUUUCUUCAUUCCUUUCUCUACCUAUUGCUCAAGGCAAAAAUGUAUGACCAUUAGAAUAGCAAUAAAUAUGCCACUAGGUGUGUACUUAUUGUCUGACUGAAAGAGAAGGGUAUUGUUAGCAGUUCUAGUGAAGGUGCAUGUAAGUGCACUAAUUUAAAAGAAGAAAUGUUUACCUCACCACAAUUAAAAAAAAAAAAAAACACACUAUUUUAUGUAUUUUAAUACUGGAAAAUAAAAGCAUUCUGUGGAAGAACUGUUGAUGCAGUAUGGUUACACAGUGAGUAUAUAACUUCUGGUCUCAAAACCAUUAUGUGUGAAUAUAAUUACUAUUCUGCAAAGAUUAAUACUAUCUACACCAACUGUUUAGCCAAAUAAAUGUAAAAAUGAACCCA